AUGGGUAAUGUAUCGAUCAAGAAUUUCAUAUAUUCAACUCUAAAAUGCCAUCCAAAUAGUAAACAAUGCUGGGGUGAUUUAUCAAACCAAAGUACUCAGUGUUUUUAUGAUAAAAUUCAACCAAAUAACACUUGUUUGAAUGCAUAUCCACAAGAAACACCAUAUUUUGUAAAAUAUUAGGGAUGCAGAAAUACUUGUCUUUUAGACAAAUUAUUGUUUGUAAAUGGUUAUUGUGAAUCAUAUAAUAGUAAAAUUUAUAUUUAUUAAUAGGUUAAAUAUUCUACUGGUUUGGUUUAUAUGAAAAUAAAACUGCUGAAUAAUAUAACUGA